AUGCCGCAGAGGGAUUCGGUAUCACAGACCGCCAUGGUUGCAGAUUAUGCCCAAUGCGGGCAUCUUGAACUUGCGACGCGAUUGUUACAGGAGAUGCCUCGGCACAAUCUUCUGUGUUGGAAUGCAAUCCUCUUGGCGACCGCUGCCGAGAACGGUCUCUUGGACGAAGCCAAGCAAACUUUUGGACUGAUGCCUCAGCACAACUCCACGUCUUCGACAGCCAUGCUUGCGUCGUAUGCGCAGCACAAGCAGCUGCGAGAGUCCAAGGUUUUUUUCGACGACAUGCUGGAACGCGACGUGGUUUCGUGGACUGCGAUGCUUGCAGCGUAUGCUCACAAUGGUCACGUCAGGCAUUCCGAAAGGCUGUUUGAGUCGCUUCCCGAACGGGACACCAUCUGCUGGAGCGCUAUGCUUGCCGCUCUUGUUCAAAACGGGCUCUACUUGGAAGCUUUUGUUGUUUUUGACGAGAUCAAGAUGGCGGGAUCAAUUGACAAGAUUCGAUUCAGUGGAGGUGCUUGUUUGGAGCAAGCCGAAGUAACAAUGAUGCUCAACAUGGAGCUUCGGUUGCUAGGGAAAUAA